GGUGAUUACUCUUCAUUGUGCCAUUUCACUGACGCUCAGGGUGCUAAGGUCCACAGAUUUGUCAAGACAGGUAUUGACUGGAAGUAAACCUUGGAUCAUGGGUCAAAGAGAAGUGCUCUGUCUCCUGAAACUUUCUUCCGCUCUUUUUCCUAAAGGGACAGCUGGGCCCUUCCUUUACAAGGCUUUUCUUGAGGGAGUCUCUGACACUGAGUCACGUUUCUGACUAACCGUUUGGAUCACUGUGUGUCAGACAGUUUCUGGCUAUGACUGCAGGUUAUGUUUGUCUGUAGGGAAGAGUCCUCUCAGAUCUGCUGCUUGUUCCAAGGUGUGUGGAGUAUCUGCUGUUCCCUGGGUGUCAGAGAGAAGGCUAUACCUGAGUAGAAACAGAAGGAAAAGUUGUUUUUUCUUCUUCUAGUGAGUAGUGGUCUUGAUUUUUUAAUUAUGUGAGUCUUAAUCAAGCCAUAACCCCCUUGCUGGGAUAGAAACAGAAAAAUGUAUCUUACCUUUUAGUUACAAAAGCAAAAACUAUUUGAAAACUUCAGCCAAGAGUUGCUAAGCUCAACCCUUCUUUCAUUUGGGCUGUGGAAAGAGGGCAUCGGAUGUGGUACACAUCGUGCCAGGACCAGGUGGAGUUUGGCCUGGCUGCGCUGCUCUGUUAUCACACCUGUGGCACGUUCACCAGAAGAUACUGCUACCUCAAGACUUCUGAAGGCAGACUGGCUUCCUGGUGUGACCCCUUCUGAGAUCACUUGCGGUAAUACCUCGUUCUCAUACGUGCAUGUGCUCGUGCAUCUCCUUUUGCUGGAGAAAAGCAGGGAUAAAAAUAUUUAACGACCUUCUUCCACCUCUCCAAAUAAAAGAUGGGGGAAAUAAACCCAACCAGCCUCAGGUAGGAUAGAACAUGGGUCAUUGCAGAGAUGCUCGGAGGUUCUGUAGCUGCCAGAGGAAACUUGCAGCUACUCGUGUUGUGAAGGGAUGCAGGGAGAAGUACCAUAGCAGGGACUAUAUAUAUAUAUGUAUAUAAAUUGCCUAAUCUAAAAAAAACAGAGGCAGGAAACUUUAUUGCAGAAUUAGUGUGUCCUGGCAGUGUGCCUUGGGUUACGGUCAUUGGCUGUUUCCAGUUACUGCUGCUGCAGCUCCCUGUGCCGUGUCAGCAUGUUUCCCUUACCAGCUGGCUGUGCAGGAGGGAGGCAGGCAGAGGGUGUGUGGGACAGGCGUGCAGCCCUACAAGUACAGAGCAUUUUUGUUGCCUUAUCCCCAUCUCCAUCCCUGUCUCACACCUGCAGGAAGAGUCAUGUUUCCAGGGCGUUAAAGUGCAUUUGAUUGCUAUGACUUUCUCUUCCUUUCUCUCGGAUUAGUCCUCGCAACUCCGUGCGCUUGUUCUGUGGUAAACAGAAGGAUUAAUAUUUUGUUGUUGUUAAAUGUUUGAUCGAGCGGUGACAGUCUCAGAGCUCAAAAGUCAUAUCUCUUGUAAUUAGAUCUGGUCUGUGAUUUGUAUGGCUAUCAAGAUUGACAGGUUUUAAAAUUUUAAGUUUAGAAUAUAAGAUCUUUAACUGUUGCUGUUUUUCAGAAGUGACCCCAUCUGCUCAUCUGCCUAAGGGAGAGUAUGGAAUAUUAUGUGCUUUGUCUUAGAUGCGUUGAAGGGUGAUCCUGCUUUCUGCUGUGGAAGCAGCUGCUGUGAAAGUCUCAUUGUUGCAGAUGCGUGGGUCUUUGCAUGUUGAAUAGGAAAGCUUAUCAGAUUGUUUGUCAGUCUCCCUCCUUUCCCUCCCCCACCAGUAAUAAGAUUGACACACCUGACAGUCUUGGAGAAACAUCGGUCUUCCACAACUGAGGUGAAGCCUGUCAUAGAUGUCCCUGCCUGUGGUAGGGGGGUUGAACCUAGAUGAUUUUUAAGGCCAUUCCAACCCAAACCAUUUUAUGAUUCUGUACAAAGAUAUCUUGUUUCUCUGGGGGAAAACAUUCUGCUGGUCUGCAGUAAGGUAAGUUACCUUGUUUUCCUUACAGCCUAAUAAUUUAGGAAGGCAGAAUUGCAUUCUCUUGGCUGUGGAAAUUGUCUUAGUGGAAAAGAACUUAAUCUUAGGAGGGAAUUAGGGGAGUGCUUCCUGCUGACAGGUACAGGUCUGCAUUUAGGCUGCAAACAGGUUGAACUUUGUCAUUAGAUCAUAUUUCUGCUAAUAUACAAGUACAUUUGACUUACCGUUUUCAUUGUGGUUACUGCAGGUAGAAGCUGUAUUGUAGUUACUUUGCGUUUGAGAGAUGUGUAUAAUACUGUUAAAAGAGGCUGUCCAUGUUCAGUCAGACCUUAAAAAUUUAUCAAUUAAAAAUGGUACAAUGGCUUACUUUAGCACUCCUGUGUUGUUUUUGUUCUGUGACUUCCUGCUCAGGACAAAAUACCUUUUUUCCAUUUUUGGAUCAUAUACAAAUUCCUUUCAUGUGUCCUCACUAAAAAGGAGACACCCCUGGAGCUAUUGCAGCUUGUACCUUAGGUUUGGAGAUCUCAAAACUGUUAUUUCCUGUAAGGUAAAAUUUGAGUGUCAAAAAUUGAGUGUCAAAAAGAAAACCUUAAGGUGAUAUACUCAAUUUCAGUAUUAUUCCAUAAAUAAUUUUGAAGUAAACAUUAUCAAGCCUUUAAGUAUCUUAUUUGGGGAGGGCAAAGGCUAAUAGAGGAGAGCAGAGCACUGCAGACCUUCCCAGUAGGUUUAAUAAGGGGAACAGAUAAAUGUUUUAGUGGGAAGCUGUUGACAAAAUUAAAAGAAAACGUUAGAGCAUAAGAAAUCUAAUUCUUGUUUUGAACAGGCCAAAACUAAUGUCUCUAGGAUUAAGUAGGAGAACUACCUCGUGGGAUGCGAGAAUUGAAGCAAUUUAAAAGCCAUGCUGCAGAGUCAGGUUGUAUUGUGUGCUCAUAGAAACCUCUCCGAGAUGUAAAGAUAAGAUGUUAGGUACUUCCUUUCUGACUUUGAGUAGCAGAGAAAAAGCUAAAGACCUUGAAGAAAGACGCCUACGGCCCCUUGCUUGGCAGAAACAAUGCUGCAGCGAUGAGAUUACAGUGAGCCCUUCCUGUGUGGCCUCCAUGGGUCCCACUCAACUCAGCACACAGGAUCAUGGGAAGAGGGUGGCAAGUGUAUUUGAGAUGGAGGAGGAAGGGCUUUCGCUCUUCCCUGGCUCAGAGAACCCCCCUGAGCAUGCAGCAGAAAAUCCCCCCUUGAAGCGGAAGAAGGGCCCAGCCCCUAAGAUGCUGGGAAAUGAAGUGUGCAGCGUGUGUGGGGACAAGGCCUCUGGCUUCCACUACAACGUGCUGAGCUGUGAAGGCUGCAAGGGCUUCUUCCGCCGCAGCGUCAUCAAGGGAGCGCAGUACGUGUGCAAGAACGGCGGCAAGUGCGAGAUGGACAUGUACAUGCGUCGCAAGUGCCAGGAGUGCCGGCUGCGCAAGUGCCAGGAGGCGGGCAUGAGGGAGCAGUAUGUUCUGUCUGAAGAACAGAUCCGACUGAAGAAACUGAAGAAGCAGGAAGACGAUCAGGCUCGGACAGUUGUGGUGCGUCCAAACCCUCCGAAUCCGCCAAGCCCUUCCCACAAACUAACGCCGGAACAGCUGAACAUGAUAAAAAAGCUUGUGGCUGCUCAACAGCAGUGCAACCAGCGCUCAUUCACAGACAGGCUCAAAGUGACGCCAUGGCCUCAGAUUCCUGACCCUAAUAACCGUGAAGCGAGGCAGCAGCGUUUUGCUCACUUUACAGAACUUGCAAUUAUCUCUGUGCAAGAGAUCGUGGACUUUGCCAAGCAACUACCUGGCUUCCUGGAGCUCACCAGGGAAGAUCAGAUUGCUUUACUGAAGACAUCUACCAUAGAGGUGAUGUUGCUGGAGACAUCUCGGCGCUAUAAUCCAGAGAUUGAGAGCAUCACCUUUCUUAAGGACCUGAGCUAUAAUCGGGAUGACUUCGCCAAAGCAGGUCUGCAGUUUGAGUUCAUUAACCCCAUCUUUGAGUUCUCAAAGGGAAUGAAUGAGCUACAGCUUAACGAUGCUGAAUAUGCACUUUUAAUUGCCAUCAACAUUUUCUCUGCAGACCGACCGAAUGUGCAGGACCAGUCCUUGGUGGAGAGGCUGCAGCACACCUAUGUGGAAGCCCUUCAUUCUUACAUUUGUAUCAACAGACCAAAUGACCGCCUGAUGUUUCCACGGAUGUUAAUGAAGCUGGUCAGUCUUAGGACACUAAGCAGUGUCCACUCUGAACAGGUGUUUGCCCUUCGGCUGCAGGACAAGAAACUCCCUCCUCUGCUCUCAGAAAUCUGGGAUGUGCAUGAGUGACCGCAUGCUCCCAGAAUGCUGACGUGCUGACAUAAUGCCAUCUCCCAGCCUUUGCUAAUGAGAAGCCAGCCUCCCCUCUCCAAAGCACUGAACCCUGGGCUAGGCAUGCAGGGAGUGAUGAGCCCGGGGUUUCAGUGUUGUCAUGAGACUAUGCAGGAGGCAGCUGGGGUAGAUCAGAUGGAGGGGUUGGUUUUGAUGUAGAGCCCAUACCCCAAAGGAAUAACGUGAAACAUUUGAAAACGGUAGAAAUGAAGACUUCCUCCUGCCCCCCAACUCCUCUUUCUUCAGAGUCUUUCUCUUCUCUAAGCAUAUGCUGAAGGUUUGCCCUUUGAUCCUCUUCUCACUGAUUAUGAAAAUGAAUUUGCAGGAACUUGCCAAAAGCUCUCUAUUGAGAGUAAUCCAGCUCGAAAGGCUUCUGCAGGGUCCCCAGUGUACCUGGAUCUGAGAAGCUCAGGGAAGUCAGUGUGGAUGUUCUAUGGGUUUCACUGGGUUUCCUAUAAAUAAAAUCUCUUGAAUGUGCUGCCCUCUACAAUGAUUCCAAGAGAAGUAGCUUUUAUUUCUUUAUUAUGAGACUUCAUCUCUAGAGCUGCCCUUUAUUCUGGCCCUCCUUUGGAAAAAGGAUUCCUCUAAUAUGUAGUGCCCUUUGUCUAACAGGGAGAUUCUCUGGGUAGGGAACAUUUGUACAUCAGAAAGAUGUCAGGCAUAAAGUAGUAGGCUUUUUUUUAAUAUAAUGCAUCACAGUUUUAUCUCAUGGUUCUCAGACAGUUCAAUUUACCUUUGAUUUGCUAACAGCUGGAAAACUUUAGUUCAAAACAGAUCAGGGCAUAGAUUUUUAUCUUUAGGGGUGGAAUAGAAGAAAGGUGGGAAGGACUGGUACCUAGGUGAGGUAGGUGUGGUGGAAGGAUCUCAAAAACUUCCAAGAAUCUGAAGCAUGUGGUAUGUUUUCCAAGGUGGGUGUGAAGAUGUAUUGGCCAAGGAGAGAGGACACACUGCAUUUAGUGAAAUAUGCGGGCAUUGCAUAAGCUAUGGGCUGCACAACUCUCAGAUCAUGGGCUGCAGGAAUAUUGGGUGUAAUCAGAUCCACUUGUGUUGUCUUCCUUUUGCCAAAGUCUUUCCAAGGUUUUAGGAAUGAUAAUGGGAUAUGGAGGUCCCUCCUGUAUGAGGAGUGCCAACUGCUUUAGAAGGACACUUUGGUCUUGUAUCCUUUCUUCACUUGGGGCACUGUGAGAUCCACACCGGAUUUAUGCUCCAAAUUUUUAAGUAUCCACAUUCAUAAGUAUUCUAGAAUUUACAGCAAUAUUUUGUCUGACAGAAGAGAAAUAUACUGUUGUAAAACAUGUUCCUUACUUUCCAAGAAACAACAUCUUAUAGCUGAUCUCAGAGAUGUAACCUUAAGUAUCCUGGUAGCUUGGUCUCAUGAGUCUUCUCUGUCAUAGGGGUCUUUGUUUGCUUGCCCGGUGAGUAUCCCAAGAGCAUAGGUUCACAUGGCUCGGGGUUUUUUGUUUGUCUGUUUUUUGGUUUGUUUGUUGUUGUUUUUUUUUGGCUGUGUAUCUGAGCGCUAUGCCCGUGGUGAGGGUAUCGUGUCCAUUUUGCACUUGAGGUUGGUCCCCUGCCACUGGCCUUCACUCUGCACCUUUGUAAAGCACUUGUAACAAUCUGUAAAAUAAUCUGUUGUUUUUUAUAACUCAUUGCAAUUGCAAAAAUUCUUGUUUAAAUCUGUAUUUUUAACUAAUCUGUUUGAGAAAUGUUAAUGUUUAUAUAAAAGAAUAAAGCCUAAUACAGGA